GUAAAUGUGAUUGUAGGCCAUUGUAGGGUAAUGAUUGAAGAUUCGAAGGAUCCUUGGGAGGGCCCAGCGUGUGUGAUUAGGGGAACACACCCCACCUCUUGUGAAUUAAGGGGGAAUAAUGAUACUAUACCUCACUUAUGCUAGCACUAAUGAUUACAUUUAUAAAGUUUUUUGAAAAACAAUCGUGCUACAUACACCCCAACUCAUACCCCAAUAAAAGACCCCAUCCCCACACCAAUACCCCCCACCCCAUGUGCAUCUACAACUCUCUCUCUCUCCCUCCCCUGUAGUUUACACCAAAAUUUUUACAGAUCGUGGGCUUCUUCGUCGGACUGACAACCUAUUCCUCAUCGCCGGCUCACACCUCGAAGAAUUCCGAUAACGCCAUCCUCCUUUUUGAACCUUCCUCCUCAAUUCGAUUUCCUUGUCGCCACACUCCCCUCUACCCUCGCCGCUGCCGUCCUGCCAUCGACGCUCCGCCAUCUAGAUGACUACCCGAACUGCCAAGGAUUCCUUAAUUGUGGUGAGCUUCUUUAGAGAUGAAUGUGAAGCACAUGAAAUGUGUGACUUUGGUGGUGAUGGAGUAAUAUUAAGCCCAUAUGAAAUGUGUGACUUUGGUGGUGAUGGAGUAAUAUUAAACCCACAUCCCAGGAUAACGAAGGCACAUGAUGCAACUACUUUCAUUACCCUGUUAGAGGACGAGGGAGACUUGCAUCUGCAGCGGGCUUUGGGGACUAGUGCAAACACCAUAAAUUGUUUGGAAAGUAAUGUUGACCUCAAGGUGAACAAGACCAAGCGGGGAAACCCUGAAAAGCCAUCGACGACCCUUCGUCCAAACAUUGGUGACAUAGGAAGUGAAAAUUUGCCUACGUGGGAAUGGCCGGGAGAAGAUGGUGUGUAUGACCUAACUUGCCCAAGUCUUGAUCUCAGGCUAUGAUUCAGUAUACGGGCCAUCAUUUUUUGUAAUUUUUUUGUUAUGCAUUUGCUCCCACGUUUUUUGGUAAGUAAUACCUGUGUAAUUUUUUGUCUUUACCACGUACACAUGAUGUAAAUAUACUUAUUUUGUGGGCAAGUUGAACACUAAAUAUGUGAAUAUUAU